AUGAAGCCGAUAUCGAUCGAAGUGUGGAACCCUAGCGGAAAGUACAGGGUCGUCAGCACCAAGUCCAUGCCUGGAAGCCGCUGGAUCCGCCUCCUCACCGAGCAAGACUGCCGCGUCGAGGCAAUCCAUCGCAGAUUCUCUCCGACCUCUCCCCUUCUCCUCUGAUGCCGAUUCCCUAAUUCGAUGUCUGCGCGGCUUUCCUCUGUUCUCUCCAGAUAUGCACGGAGACGAAGACGAUACUGUCCGUGGACGACAUUCUCGCACUCAUCGGCGACCGUUGCGAUGGGGUGAUCGGGCAGGUGAGCAGAGAGGGAGGGCCUGUCGUCAUUGGGGGGGAUGAAGUCCUUACUGUGGGAGUUUCUCUCGAGUUUAUCUGGAUUCUGUUCUGUCUCUGAUCAGCUGACGGAGGACUGGGGGGACGUGCUGUUCUCGGCGUUGAGGAGGGCCGGAGGGACCGCCUUCAGCAACAUGGCCGUCGGCUACAACAACGUCGACGUGGAUGCCGCCAAUAAGCAUGGAAUCGCCGUUGGCAACACCCCUGUGAGUCUGACUCGAAACCUCCUUACACGCAGCGCUCUCGCAUGCUAAAUGCCAACGGGAAUAUCUCCAUGAACACUCCCUCCAAUUCUUGCGUGACGAUGGUACCUAAAAGGAGUUUUGAUCCGGAUUUCCCUCCGUUUUCUCUUUUUCCAGGGAGUUCUCACGGAGACGACUGCAGAGUUGGCCGCUUCACUCUCGCUAUCAGCGGCCAGGAGAAUAGUUGAAGCGGAUCAAUUCAUGAGGGCUGGACUAUACGAUGGCUGGCUUCCCCAUUUGUAUGUCUCGAUUGAACCUCUGUUUCUCUUUCCUCCUCUCUUCUUCUUCCCCUGAACUUAUCAUCCAGCGUCUGUGGGAGGAGGAAGAAUCAUUCCCUGAGAUUAUUAUUAUCUGGGCAGAUUUGUGGGCAACCUGCUCAAGGGACAGACAGUGGGAGUGAUCGGGGCUGGUCGGAUUGGAUCUGCGUAUGCGAGGAUGAUGGUAAUCAAUUCAUUCUUUGACACUAGUCUUUUUCUCGGAUGAACUCAAACCAGUUUGCGCCAAUAUCAAGCUUCCCAUUGUAUCAAACAGCAAAAUGAAGGGAAAACAUAGAUAAAUAGGUGGCUAAUCUUCGUAACCAUUCUCUCGGCAGAUUGAAGGGUUCAAGAUGAACCUCAUAUACUAUGACUUGUAUCAGGCGACCCGGCUGGAGAAAUUCGUGACAGGCGAGCUCAUCCCCUGCCUGAUUCGUCUGGAUUAUUACUGAACACGAAAGUGACGUUCAUCGGGUUUCUGUCUCCCUUUCUCAUGCAGCUUAUGGGGAAUUCCUGAAAGCCAAUGGGGAGCAACCUGUUACCUGGAAGAGAGCUUCUUCCAUGCAGGAGGUGCUCAGUGAGGCGGAUGUGGUGAGAGAUUCAUGAUUUGAAUCUUGUUAUGAUUGCCGCAUUGAUUUUUUAAAAAGAUUUUGGGCUUUUCAAAUUUAUGAGGUCUAAAUCUUAGAUUUCCUAUAGAACAUAGAAAUGUUGAAAAAUGAAAUCAUAUUAUUUUUAUUGUUUUCUUUUUCCACCAAGGGUUUUGAUUUUUGAGCUUCUUCCUCCAGAUAAGUCUUCAUCCUAUUCUGGACAAGACCACCUACCACCUGAUAAACAAAGACAGCCUUGCCCUCAUGAAGAAGGUGGAGAUCUCAGCUUCUGAAUCAUCUGCCCUAAUUUUUUCAGUCAUCCAAUGAACAUUAAUUCCAUUAAAAGAAGGAAACAAGUAGCCAUGAACCGUCGUCUGCUACAGCACUGAUGGAGCAAAAUCUCUGUUUACAGGAAGCGAUCCUCGUCAAUGCAAGCAGAGGCCCGGUGAUCGAUGAGGCCGCCCUGGUCGAACAUCUGAAGGCCAAUCCCAUGUUUCGGGUUGGUCUCGACGUGUUCGAGGUAAUGUUCCUCUCUUCACGAUUUAAAUUUCUUGAAAAAAGAUGAUAAAAACCCGAUUGUUUCGACGAAUCCUCCGCAGGAUGAACCUCUCAUGAAGCCCGGACUCGCAGAGCAGAAGAACGCCGUCGUGGUGCCUCACAUUGCUUCAGCUUCGAAGGUAAUCGUCGAUUUUCAAUCAAACACUUACAUUGGCGAACUCCGCAAACCCUGUUUCAUCCAUUGCAGUGGACCCGCGAAGGGAUGGCGACUCUCGCCGCUCUGAACGUUCUGGUACGUCGUCCACCGAGAACGCCUAUCCGAUUCUCUUAGGUCCACGAAAAGAGACUGAGCCCCAAUUCCUCGCCUGAUCGCAGGGAAAGAUUAAGGGGUACCCGGUCUGGUCCGACCCCAACCGGAUCGAGCCCUUCUUGGACGAGAGCUCCCCACCGCCGGCGGCUUCCCCGAGCAUCGUCAACGCCAAGCAGCUCGGCAAGUGAUCCUCUUCUUCCACAGAUUACAGGCUGGUGUGAUCUCUCCCCUUCUCCAGACCUCGCCGCUCCUCUGUUCUUCAGGUCUGCCUUCUUCCAAGCUCUGA